AUGUCCGCCCUCCGCCUAACCCGCGCCUUCCCCCGCUCCACCGCAACCCCAGUCUCCAUCCGCACCUUCAGCACCACCCUCCGCACCAUGGCCGAAGGCGACGCCGGCGCCCCCCGCUCCGGCGGUGCCGCACAAGGAGACGCCUUCACCAAGCGCGAGCAGGCCUCCGAAGACUACUACGUCAAGCAGCAGGAGAAGGCGAAGCUCGACCAGCUGAAGAAGAAGAUUGCGGAUCAGGAGGCCAACUUGGCGAAGGAUCGGGAGGAGAUGGAGGCAAUGAAUAAGAAGGGGGGGUCUUCUUGA